AUGUCCCCACACGGGGCCUUCCACCCUCCGGCACACUCGCACCCAGAUGAAGAACCCGUUUCCCGAACUUAUCAAUACAGGAAAGUGAUGAAGCCGAUGCUCGAAAGAAAACGGCGCGCGCGCAUAAACCGCUGCCUCGACGAAUUAAAGGAUCUAAUGGUUACCGCGCUGCAAGCUGAAGGAGAAAAUGUAUCAAAGCUGGAGAAAGCGGACAUCCUCGAGCUCACAGUGCGUCACCUCCACAGUUUAAAGCGCCGGGGACAAUUAGUGCUGAAACCUGAAAUGUCUUACGCCGAACGUUUCCGGGCAGGAUUCGCCCAAUGUGCCACUGAAGUGUCUCAGUUCAUUACAAACGCUACUGUUGCUGCAAACGCAAUGCACCGGCAGGGCCCCGUAGACCCCCAGGCUGGCGCGAGGUUGCUGCAGCAUUUAAGCAAUUGCAUCCGAAGAUUGGAGAGUCCAGCGGUAGUGCAGCCGCAGCCGAUAGUUCCUAAUGGGGUAGCUCGGCCGACCCCCGUCCAAGCGAUGGCCCCAGUUCCUCAGCCAGUGCAACAAACAGAGAGGUGUAUGAAGAGGCCUCUGGAAGAGCCAAUUGAUGUGGAGACGAUCGGUCCAAAGAGACAAUACGCGCCGCCCUCGCCGCCGCACAGCCCCGCCUCCGAGACUGACUCCGCCCAGUCGAUGUGGCGUCCCUGGUGA